CCUCAUGACGCUUUUUGACAUUCACCUUAUGUCUUCCGUAUGUCUUCCGCGUGCCCAGUGAUUAAUCAAUCGCUACCCCUCAACCAUACACCCAUUAAUCUCCGCUCACCGAUCUGGAAGGUCAUGGCGACUGUACUUUUAACAGCGCCAUCUUCGCGUAUAAAUGGACGAAUUACAGUCUCUUUUGAUUUGUGUAUUCCUUGUCUGACCGCAAACAUGCGCAGCAAACAGCUGACCAUUCCCACAACGCCAUAUCCCGGAAAUCCAUCAUGUUCGGUGGUUUUCCCCCACUCAACUGAUGAUGCUGAACCCUCUCGCACUAAAUCGGAUGAAACGGUGCAAAUUCUAAACUAUGCCAGCUUCGAGAUUGCCACUGCCCUGGUGCAUCCACCACACUUCCGUCAAGUUAUAAACGCGCCAGUGCAUAGAAGAACUUCUAAUACAGGUUCCGCGCACUGCGGCCGUGCUGCCGAAUAUCACAGCCGAAGGGCGUUAUGCGUCACCCGAGAGCAAGCUGCGUAUCCGUGCACCCCACGAGCAGAGCGCCCUGUCGCCCGACAGGCCAUUUCGAUGUCCCCUGCCGAUCCAACCUCCCAUUCCGCGUUGGAUACACCGGUCGGUGUGUCAACAAUGCCACGAGAUCGUUGCAGGUGGUCACAUGCUAGUGGCCUCUGCAAUGCCGUCGUGUCCGUCGACACUCUCGUCGUGCAUAUGCGCAAGCAUGUCGGAGGAUCCUCGCAUCGCCGAAUUCACUGCUCCUGGAAUGGAUGUGGCAAGCUCAUGAGGAGAGAUUGUCUUGUCCGCCACAUACGCGAAAUUCACCUGUAUAGCAAACGCCGCACUUACGACUGAACUUCCCCUAUUAUUCAACUUACCCAUUUGUGUGCCCAGUGUGUGGUUCUAGUGUGAUAAGCACUAAUACUUAUGCAGGCGGUUGAGCUGGUAGAAUUAAAUCUAGGCCCGUUUCCCAAAUGCGGCGCGCGGUCCGUUUCGUAAGCAC